GUGCCUGGUCACUGGAGGCAACGUGAAGGUGCUCGGCAAGGCCGUCCACUCCCUGUCCCGGAUGGGGGACGAGCUCUACCUGGAACCCUUGGAUGAUGGGGUGAGGGGCUGGGUCUUGGGGCAGAUUUGCCUGCGGAGUUUCCGUUUCAUCCUCUGGGUUAGGACGUGACUUGAGUUUGUCUUCUUCCCCGGCUCCUGUGUGCACUGAAAGCUCUUGCCUUUCUGGAGAGCCCAGUGGAGGCUCUCCCUCCGGACUGUGAACUCUUCGCGCUCUGCCUAUGCCUGCUUCCUCUUUGCCCCACUCUUCUUCCAGCAGUACCAGGUGGCCACCUCUGAUCUGGACACACUGCGCUGUAAGAUACAGAUGAAGUCCUUCCUGUCUGUCUUCCGUUCUCUGGCAACACUGGAGAAGACUGUGGAAAAGUGCUGCAUCUCCCUGAGUAGCCGGAGCAGCAGCUUGGUGAUCCAGCUGCACUGCAAGUAUGGGGUGAAGAAGACUCACAACCUGUCAUUCCAGGACUGUGAAUCUCUGCAGGCUGUCUUCAACCCAGCCUCAUGCCCCCAUGUGCUCCGUGCCCCAGCAAGAGUACUGGGGGAUGCCAUUUUGCCCUUCUCCCCUGCACUGGCUGAAGUGACAUUGGGCAUCGGCCGUGGCCGCCGGGUCAUCCUGCGUAGCUACCAGGAAGAAGAGGCAGACAGCACUGUCAAAGCCAUGGUAACUGAGAUGAGCAUCGGAGAAGAGGAUUUCCAGCAACUGCAGGCUCCAGAAGGGGUAGCUAUCACAUUCUGCCUCAAGGAAUUCAGGGGGCUCCUGAGCUUUGCAGAGUCAGCGAACUUGCCUCUUAGCAUUCACUUUGAUGCCCCAGGAAGGCCAGCCAUAUUUACCAUUGAGGACUCGCUGCUGGAUGGCCACUUUGUUUUGGCCACACUUGCAGACCUGGACCCACACUUGCAGUACCUGGGCUCCCCGGAGCUCCCCAGGACAGCACCUCAGCUGCAGGCUCACAGCACAUCCCAGCUGGAUGACUUUGCCAGUGAUGACAUUGACUCUUACAUGAUUGCCAUGGAAACUGCCGCAGGCAGCUCGGGCUUUCGGGCACAGCCCCCCAUUUCUCUUUCACCUGGCUUCCAGACCUCCCACGACCCCAGCCUGCACUCUGAUGAAGAAGCUGAGCCCAGCACAGUGCCUGGCACUCCCCCACCCAAGAAGUUCCGCUCGCUGUUCUUUGGCUCCAUCCUAGCUCCUGUACACUCCCCCCAGGGCCCUAGCCCCGUGCUGGCUGAAGACAGUGAUGGUGAAGGCUGAGCUAAGAAGCUAAAGGCCAUGGACUAGAAGCCCCAGCAGGGGAAGGACAGGGGCUCUGACCAGGGCAUGGCAUAAGGGCAAUGCUGGCAGUUCUGCUUGCCUCCUGCAGGCCCCACUCCACCAUGUUUGGCUUGAGUCCUGUCAUCUCCCUCCAGACUGCAACCAAUCACGCCUCUUGCCAGGUCUGGUGGCUAGAAGCCAUCUGAUUGGCAGGUCCUCACCUCUUCACCAGAGUCUCAAGCUAAGUUCUAGCCAUCUGGCCAGGGCUGAAAGCCUGCCUUCUCAAUUGAGGCUUACCUCUAAGAAAAAAAUCAUAGUGCUGUUGAUCUACUCCUACUGCCAAUCACGAGCUGCCCUUCCCCCAGACACACCACUGGGACCCCCUCCCCCCCCAUGUGGCUGGUAAUUUCUUAUUUUCCCAACACUUUGGCCCUGCCUUGGAAUUUGUAAGAGCCUCUGGAUUUGACCUGUGUGGCUGGGGUUACCCUGGCUGGGCCUGUGCCCAGCCAGCCUGCCUUCCCAAAUGGCUUUGUGUAGAAGGGCUGCCAGGCCCAGUGUUUGGGACAAGGAAACAGGCCGUGGCGAGAAUCCAGCUUUGACCUUUAUUCAAGAGACCAGAUGGGUUGCCCCAGGGUCUGGCUGGCAGCCCUGUGGCCAAGCCAGGCUGAAGACCCACAAUCUGGCCUGCCAUUGCCCUGAGCUGCAGCCUUGGCCCCAGGAUCCCACUUGCAGCCACUGGAGGGACAGGUGGGAGGGAGCCCUGAGGGACUGGAUGCUGCUAUUGAUCCAUUAAAAAA